UCUCAGAACGAUACUUUACCACGCUUAGAAUACUUGAUUGUGUAUUGUGAUUGUAACGGUCAACCCCGAAUUUUCUAUGAGCAUGCAAACAAAUCAAACAAAUCAACAAGUCAGCGAGGUCUUGCGAAGUGGGGAGGUGUCACUUUCAUCAGUCACUCCCUGAUCUGGGUUAUAGCCUAAGGCCUGAUGUAUGUAAACAGCGCCUGACAUCGCUUUGCUUGCAGACAAUCCAUGAAUCUGUUCACCACGAUACUCAGCGUGUUAGGAUCCUCACUGGCGUCUUUUUCCUUUGGGGACUGACUUUCACUCAUCCUAGUGAAGGGAAGAUUGCUUAAACGGAGAGGAGCAAAUUGAUGCCCCCAAUCCAACCCCAAGCUAAUCCCCUCCCUUCCCUAACGUCCCACUCUGCUUUCAAAAUUUCCCAGCAAGACUUUGCUUUUCGAACUUGAGACUCGAGCGGCAAAAGAAGCCGACAGUAAUUGUGCAUGGUCAGGAUGAAAACGGUGAAGGGGUUCUUCCGCAGAGGGGCAGCAGCCGAUGAUGAUGAAACUGCAUGCAAACACCAGCCGAAAACCUUCUCGACUGGCAUUAAACGAUUGCACGACUCGUGUGGCAGUAAUAUCGACAUCGUCUUUGUCCACGGUCUCACUGGUGACCGCGAUGCAACCUGGACUGCCCGUGACGCGACCGAGCCCUGGCCCAAGACCCUCCUCCCGUCGAUUCUCCCGACAGCCCGCAUCCUAACUUUUGGAUAUGAUGCGGAUGUCGCUGAUUGGAAAGGCUUAGUGUCGCAAAGCCGUGUCAAUAAUCACGCGUGGAAUCUACUGGCGGCCCUUUCUGCGUACAGAGAGGACGACGCAAAUGAACGACCCAUUAUAUUUGUCUGUCAUAGCUUAGGUGGGCUGGUCUGUGAAGAUGCCUUGACCAGGGCUAGGCAACGCUCAGAGCCACACCUCCACAAUAUCCUCGAUUCCACUUGUGGUAUUGUAUUUCUCGGCACACCGCAUCAUGGGUCUGGCCUUGCUCGAUGGGCCGAAGCUUUGUCCCGAUCCCUCGGCCUAGCGAAAACAACGAAUACAAAUCUUGUCAGUGUUCUCAAACGGGAUUCUGAGGUACUUGCAAGGAUUCAGGAUGACUUUCACACGAUGAUCAAAGCCCGUGAAACAGAAGGACCGCUUCCGAUCAAAAUAACUUGCUUUUAUGAGGAAAUGCCCCUGCAUGCUAUUGGUUUGGUUGUACCACAAGACUCAGCAAUCCUGCCGGGCUAUAUUCCCAUUGGAAUUCACAGUGAUCAUAUGGGAAUGACAAAAUUUGCCAGCGCCGAAGAUCCUGGGUUUAUAGCAGUUUGCUCAGAGCUUAAGCGGUGGACCAAAGAAGCUGAUAAGGCCAGAAAAAACUUUUGUAUGAUCCCGCCCACAGACCCUAUCACAGAUAGCCAGGUUGCAUAGAAGCUUU